AUGACAUUUGUGGAGUCACCUCUUCAUACUGAUGCUUCGGAAGGCCGUACCGGACUUGCCCUUGUUGUACUCUUGAGGCUAAAGCCGUCGCUUGGGAAGAAAUUGUACCUUGAUUGUCUAUGUCCACUGCACCUUGCUUUGGGUAAUGGACACUCCUACACUGUGAGACGACUCGUCAAGCAUGAUCCGGAGCUCAUUCGUGUCCAAGGGAGGGAAGGGAUCACUCUUUUGCAUUACGCAGUGGAAAAAGAGGAAAUUGAUCUUUUGAUUUAUUUUCUUCUCAUAUGUCCACAAUCAAUAUUUGACUUGACCGUUCGAGAUGAGACUGCUGUGCAUAUUGCUGUAAGAAACGAAAACUUAAGAGCUUUUAAGGUUUUGUUUGGUUGGGCUAGGAGGGCCGAUAAGAUGUCAAUGAUGCGAUGGAGAAACCAGGAAGGAAAUACCCUGAUGCAUCUUGCAGCAUUAACAAACCAACCGAAGGUUAUGAAGUCAUUAAUCAGGUAUGUGCAUGUGAAUGAGAAGAACUUAGGAGGUAAGACGGCGUUGGAUAUCCUAGAACCUGAAAAUGUAGAAGCAAGGAAAAUUUUAAUAAGCGCAGGAGCUAAAGAAGGUUCCUCACUUGUCGAUGAUGCCACCAGUUGUGAAAAUUAUUUGAACUCACAUGCAAUGAUUUCAGAAUAUCUUCUCAGAUUGGGUGCUUACAUGGAGUUCGGUUUGUCAGGGGAUAUGCGAAACGCAAUGCUAGUAGUAGUUGUGCUUGUUGCAACUGCUACGUUUCAAGCCAUUCUCACUCCCCCUUCUCCGAUUUCUGACAAUGAUACCACUCAUGUUUUUCCCAGCAUCACAUCUGUUUAUAAUGAUACUACUUCAGCCAAUUCAACUAGCACCAACUUCAACAAAAUAACCACAAGACUGACAAAAUCGAGUAUAAUUUAUAACUCAAUCGCAUUUGCUAUUGCAAUGGGAACGUGUGCAAUACUUACACUUAAUCGACUCCAAAUAUUUCUCUCGCUACCUCUUGGUCUAUUUUCGGUGACCUAUGUAGCAUUGGCAUAUGGAAUAUACUCAGGUCCUUUUAUCUAUGUUGCAGUUCCGUCAAUAUUCAUUCUGCCUUCCUUGGUGAUACUUCCCUGGUUGAUCAUAGCGUGGAAAGGGAGAAAAAGCAGUGAUUUCUACCACGAAAUCAACCUUGAUGAGGCGAAAUUUCUCAUAUUUGUGGAAUCAGAUGACAACAUCGAUCUUUUGAUUAGAUUUCUUAUCAUAUGCCCGUCCUCAAUCAAGGACGUGACCAUUCCAGUGCAUAUUGCAGUCAGAAACAAAAACUUAAGAGGUUUUAAGGUUUUGCUUGGUUGGGUUCGUAGAAGUGAUGACACAGCAGUUUUGAGAUGUAGAGAUGAGGAAGGCAACAGUUCUGCAUCUUGCAGCUUUGACUCAUCAGCUGCAGUUAUUAUCUUGAUUGCAGAAGUUCAAAAAGGUCAUUAA